AUGGUUAUAAGCAACAGUAAUCUCGGAGCAAGUGUACUGCGACGAAAACCAAGCAUAAUAAAGCUGGAGGAAAGGUAUCGUCGCGCAAGGGAUACGUUAAAGCUGGAAGCGAAAGAGCGUCAGGAGAAUGAAGAGCCACGUGUAAAACAGUUUUUUAAAGUAUUUGGCGAACUGGCAAGAAUAGUACACCGAAAGAAAUACCCGUACGAACCUAGGGAGAAGAAUGACGAUGAUAAAAAAGAAAAUGUAAAAGCGUUAGUGGAAAGCCCCACUUGCGAAAUGUGUGAAGAGCGACAUUAUGUACUGUACGAAGCAGAAACCGAUGGGUUUGUUGCAAAAGAUUCGGAAGCAGUAAAGAACGAUUCAUUCAAUCGAAUGAAAUGUGCACAGGGCCCGGCAAUGAGCGUUCUUGGUUGCUAA